GGUGAGCCGCUGCCCGCUCCCUCCUCCCCGCAGGGUGCCCGGCGGGCCGGCGCUCUGCCUGGACCAUGCCGAUCCUCCUCUUCCUCAUAGACACGUCCGCCUCCAUGAACCAGCGGGCGUAUCUAGGCACCAGCUACCUGGACAUUGCCAAGGGCGCCGUGGAGAUCUUCAUGAAGCUGCGGGCCCGGGACCCGGCCAGCCGCGGCGACAGGUACAUGCUGGUUACCUUCGACGAGCCGCCCUACUGCAUCAAGGCUGGAUGGAAAGAAAAUCAUGCAACGUUUAUGAAUGAACUGAAAAAUCUGCAGGCGUCAGGACUGACAACCCUUGGUCAGGCACUCAGAUCAUCUUUUGACUUGUUAAAUCUCAAUAGAUUAGUGUCUGGAAUAGACAACUAUGGACAGGGAAGGAAUCCAUUUUUUCUUGAGCCAUCUAUUUUGAUUACCAUCACAGAUGGAAACAAACUGACGAACACGGCUGGAGUUCAGGAGGAGCUUCAUCUUCCUUUGAAUUCUCCUUUGCCUGGAAGUGAACUAACCAAAGAACCAUUUCGUUGGGAUCAAAGACUGUUUGCUCUAGUGCUGCGUUUGCCAGGAGCUGCAUCUGUUGAACCAGAGCAGCUUGGGAGUGUGCCUACUGAUGAAUCUGCUAUCACACAGAUGUGCGAAGUUACAGGAGGUCGUUCUUACUGUGUUCGGACACAAAGAAUGUUGAACCAGUGUUUAGAAUCUCUAGUUCAAAAAGUCCAAAGUGGAGUUGUUAUUAACUUUGAAAAGUCAGGACCAGAUCCAGCUCCUAUUGGAGAAGAUGGACUUGUUGAUUCAUCCAGGCCCAUCAAUUCAUUUGCUUCUCAACCGUGGCAUAGUUGUCAUAAACUCAUUUAUGUACGGCCUAACCCCAAAACUGGUGUUCCUGUUGGGCAUUGGCCAAUCCCAGAAUCUUUUUGGCCUGAUCAGAAUUCACCAACACUGCCUCCACGCACAGCUCACCCUGUUGUGAGGUUCUCCUGUGUUGAUUGUGAGCCAAUGGUAAUAGACAAGCUUCCUUUUGACAAGUAUGAGCUUGAACCUUCACCCUUAACGCAAUACAUCUUGGAACGAAAGUCUCCCCAUACCUGCUGGCAGGUAUUUGUGAGUGGCAGUGGAAAAUACAGCGAGCUUGGCCAUCCGUUUGGGUAUUUAAAAGCAAGCACUACUUUAACCUGUGUAAACCUCUUUGUGAUGCCUUACAACUAUCCUGUUUUGCUCCCAUUGUUAGAUGACUUGUUUAAGGUUCACAAACUUAAGCCAAAUCUGAAGUGGAGACAGGCUUUUGACAACUACUUAAAAACAAUGCCUCCUUACUACAUACUGCCAUUAAAGAAAGCCCUAAGGAUGAUGGGAGCUCCAAAUCUGAUAUCAGAUAAUUUAGAUUGUGGACUUAGUUACAGUGUUAUCUCUUACCUUAAAAAACUCAGCCAACAGACAAAAAUAGAGUCGGAACGGAUAAUAGGUUCAGUGGGUAAGAAAGUUCCACAAGAAAUUGGAAUAAAAGUGAAAAAUCAUUCCAGUGGCCUCUCCUUGGUGCACAGUAGGGAUUUUAAGCAACUGCUUCAAGGUAUCACUGGGGAAUCUCCUCUGAGACUGGCGGAAAUGAAUGUUAAAGAAUUUGCUGGCUUCCACAUAGGACUCUUAAACAAGGAUUUGAAGCCACAGGCAUUCAGGAAUGCAUACGAUAUUCCUCGGCGCAGCCUUCUAGAUCAGCUAACCAGGAUGAGAACCAAUCUUCUGAAAACACACAGGCACAUAGUGGGGCAGGAUGAAGACUGCCUUCACAGUGUUCCUGUUGCUCAAAUGGGGAAUUACCAGGAGUACUUGAAAAUGAUGCCUUCACCCCUUCGAGAGAUUGAUCCAGAUCAACCAAAAAGGCUUCAUACAUUUGGCAAUCCAUUCAAGCAGGAUAAGAAGGGUAUGAUGAUAGAUGAAGCAGAUGAAUUUGUUGCUGGGCCUCAGAAUAAGAUAAAGCGUCCUGGAGAGCCAAAUACUCCAGCAUCUCUGAAGAGAAGGCGUAGCAUGUCACCACUGUUGAGAAGGCCACAGUCACCACCAGUUGUAACAAAUCAUGUUGGUGGGAAAGGGCCGCCGUGUGCUUCUGGAUCCCUGGCACAUGUGAACCUCAAAGGUGUACCGACAAAUAAAGACACCACUAACAAUAUUGUCCAAGAUGGUAAUGGAGAGAAGAAAGCAGAAAACUGUCAAUUGCUGGAAAAACAAAUUGAUGGCAUAUCUGUACAACUGGCUCCCCCUGUUCCAGCUGCUAUGGGAGAUGAUGAAAUGUUACCCAACGACUUGGACUCUCUACCUGAUGAGUUCAAUUGUUUAAGUGAAGAUGGCUUGGAUCACAAAGCAGGCACCAAUGCACUUGUUCAAGGGCCUCUAAAUUACAGCGUGCCUGGAGAUGACCAAAAACGAGCGAUGGAGGCGGCUUCAGAAUCUGUGCCAAAUUCCUUUAAAAUAACACCUAUGAUGCUGGAGGGAAACAAUGCUGAUAUCAAAAUUAAAGUGAUGAAAGAGGUUCGCAAACCUGGAAGAAAUUAUGAAAAAAUCUUCUCUCUUCUUGAAGAGGUACAAGGACCUAUGGAAAUCCAGAAGUAUUUCAUUGAAUUUGCUAUCAAGGAAGCAGCAAGGUUUAAAAAACGUGUCUUAAUACAACACUUAGAGAGAAUACUAGAGGAACUAGAGUUCAACAGCCUACCCAACAGAGUUAAUCAUGUCAACAGUAGAUAAUAGUUUACCAGCCAGACGAAUACGGACCAGGAAUGAGUUUGCUGUGCCGCGGAAGAGUGGAAGAGAAUGCAGCUGUUGCCGUCACCAUCUUGGCAGUCAACUGAUUUUACUGUCAGAGUCUGAGAAGAAGCAGUGGAGCUUUAACUUUACAAACCUCUAUCGGCAGGAGCUGGGCUAUAACCUUAAGGAUUUGCUAUGAAAGGUGUGGCUUUUUUCCUGUGGAGGGUGCUAUUUGCUCGACAGGCUGAAGAAAAUAACCAUUGCUGCCCCUCCUGCAGGUGAUGAGAAUUUACUCAUUUGAACACUGUCAUUAGACAUUUACGUGCUAUAGGCAGCAGGUUGCACUAAAUGGGGCACUGUCAAAUGCACACACUGUCUGCAUCGUGGAGAGAGAUCCCAUGUGUUCCCCAAAAAAAAAAACCCUCCCAGAAACACCUGCACUGGUAAUAUUGCAUGUUGCCACCACAGAGACAAGGGUCUUGUUCCUGAGAACUACUAGCCAUGCCUUUAAACUUGAGAUUCAGUGUAGAUUGAGAGUAAAGAAACUGCUAUUGUGUUAAUGAAAGCUAAAGACAGCCCUGUGACUGUUACCACCUGAUGGUCACUAAACAAUCUACCUCAGACUCUCUUCUGUUUUGUCUGCAGACAUUAUGAAAGUGCACCUGAGGCUUCCCAGGUCCCCGACUUCAGUUCUCUUUCAUCCUGUGAGGAGGACGGAGAUUCUUCAGGUGGCCUUGGCACACGCUGUGCUUUGGAAGCACUAAAAGGAAACGCUUUUAAAAACGUGUAUUUUAAUGUUCAUACAAAAGAGAUUAUUUUGAACAGUAUUGUUACCAGAUCACUAAUUUGAUAUUUUAACUGUAUAAAUUUUUUUGGAACAUAAUGUAUAUAUAAAAUAAACCAUUUUAUUAAUUUUUAA